GCGUGUCAAGAAAAGCUGCCGAGGGAUCAGUUUUAAAGAAACCAUCUCUGAUCUCUUCAUCAUCUUCAUCAUUAUCAUCAACUUCAACUGUAACUCCAUUUAAAGCGCCAGCAAAUAAAUCGGAAAGUGAUCCCAAGUAUGUUUCUCGGCAUUAACAUCCUAACACUAACACGCUUUUAAUAUCCUUGAAGACUAAUCAAUAAUUGUAACAAGAACGCAUUGAAGAAAACGAUGUGUUAACAAAUGGUUAUUAGCAGCGAUUGAGUGGCCGGAAUAUAAGUAUAGUCGUUUUAAACUGGUUACGGUAAAGAUCUAUAUGGACAUUGUGAAUGUAAAUAACGUGAGUAAACAGUGACUCUGGUGGCCGCCUUUGUACAUGACAGAGCACGUUAGUAUUGAAGGUGAAUCUGGUCUGGUCUGGCCAUAUACGCGGGCCGUCAUCCUCGUCAUCGUCAUUAUAUCUGUACUCAGUAUUUCAAUUGAAGUAAAGGUUUAUUAAUGAGGAUACUGGAGGCUGGUGCAGAUGUGAGGCCGAAAGAGAACGGAAGGAAAGAAGAAGGGAAAUAAAUAAAUAAGUUUGUUGAGAUUUUAUUAUUACUGGUGCUGGUGCUGGUGCACAAAGCGCGUAUGGGAUGAGAGCACAACAUCAAGGCGUAUCUGGUCGUAACUCGGUCGACAAAUCACCCAAAAAGGAAGCUUGCUCAUAUGACACGGUGGAGCUGCUGCCCUGCACGAUAUGCGGGAGGACAUUCAAGCCACAGUCGCUGGAGAAGCACGCGAAAAUUUGCGAGAGAGCGGCGAUUAAAAAACGGAAACCUUUUGACUCGUUUAAGCAGCGGCUUCAAGGUACGGAGCUGGAGGAGUUUUUGCCGAAAGUUAUAACCAAGGGGAGAGAUGUAAGACCGGAAGAAAAAUGUGGGAGUAGAAAUACGUGGAAGCAGACGCAUGAUGAAUUUUUGAGAACUAUUCGCGCUGCUCGGGGUGAAACUGUCGUGACAACUAGUUCGCAGUACCGACAAGUAACGACGAUAACUCCGGGAGCUCCGACCCGCUCUAACGAAAAAGGAUUAUGUCCGACAUGUAGUCGUCAGUUCGGAAUAAAGGCUUACGAUCGUCAUGUCGCCUGGUGCAAAGAAAGGAUUCUUCGCGUGCCAACAACUCAAGCUACAAAUGUCGCGAAAGAACGUCUCGAUGCGAGGAUGAAGUACCGGGCGCCGCUGCUCAAGAACCGGCGGAUGACAAACCGGGAAAAGUAUGCGCCGAGAAUUAAAAAUAAUGUUACUGUUAAUAACAACAACAUCAACAACAACAACAACAACAACAACAUCAAUGCCGUUAAUUCGGGGUUGAAAAUUAAGGACACAAGCGGACCAAAGAGCGCGGAUCCUGUAAACAUCAAACAACCGGCAGUAACUGAAAGAAGAAGCGGUCAAGGAAAAAUUGAUGGUGUCAUUGCACCUGGACCCGUUAAGUCGCGGCCGGCUGAUCGAUCAAUAAAACAUAAUCCUGAUUUAUUAAUCCUAACUCCACCUGACUACCCACGAAGCCAUAACUUUCAGGACUCUCCCACGUCAAUUCAAAAAUUUAAGUCUUCAUUUCCAUCUCUGACGUCAACUGAAGCCGACGAUGAUUUUAACAAAAGAAAAUUAAAAAAAAAAUUAAAAAAGAAGAAAUCAAAGUGUAUUGUAUCUGGUUUAAGUAUCGGCAACCCCAAGGUCAAUGAUGUCACGGUUAAUGAUGACGUGACGGGCAUGACGGUCAGACCUUGUCAUGCCCAUAGGGAGGAGUUGAUAACUUGGAAACAAAUAACUUGCGACAGUGUUCAAAUAAAAGUUUAUGACUCAGGUUUGAACGAUAGUUCUCUGAUUAAUUUGCCACAGCAAUUAGACCAGACUUAUUUAAUUAAAGAGUCUGCUGGUGACAUUGAUAACGACGUCACCGAAGGUAUCGACGCGAUUUUACAGCGUCUGGAUAAUGAUCUGAAAGAAGACGAGGACAAGUUAAAUAAAUUUGAAUCAACUCCAGCGAGUCCAAGUAAAUUUAAUAUUGACGUUACUUGCGCCAGUACUCCGGUGUCGUUUAAAAAUGACAAUUAUGCUAGAGAAAAUAAGAUGAUUAACGAGGAUGGGUGUGAAAGAUCGGCAAGACCAAAGAGUGAGUCUAUAAAUAGAUGUAGCACUUAUGUCAUUGGAGAGACUUGUGACACUAAUUGUCUGAAGAUUGACACUCAGAACCAUAACAAAUUUAAUAACACAGAUGAUAAUAUUAUUUUAAAAGACCCGCUGUUCGAUACAAAUCUUCCGGAUGUGAACGACAAGAAAAUAAUAAUUGACGAAAUAAUUCCUUUGAAUGUACGGUGCAAAAGUAAUGACACGGAUUAUUCUUUGACACCAUCGAGAUAUUUUACCAGCGACUCGUUGGAUUCCGCGAGAUCCAAUAGAAUUAUGAGGAAAAAAUUGAGGAAGAAGAUGAACGUCCUCCGCGACAGCACGGACUCCUUGAUUUCUUCAGUUGAGGCAGGUAAUGUACGAACUACUGAGCCGCGAUUGGACGCCAGAGAUAAAAUUAAUGGGCUAGACGAACUGAAAUACUCUAAAAACCCCAAGAAGUCUUUGAUGUUCCCGGAAAUAGUUAAUAAACCAGACGGAAGAUUAGAGAAGAGUUUUAAUGACAAAGAAAUUCCGUAUUGGAAACGCAUGAUGCGGACGUCGAGGAGUAGAUUAUUUUGUCAUUUAAUGAAAAAUAGAAAUAAUUUCCUACCUCCCGUUCCUUUUGCCCAGAGUCCUGUCCAGGCGAGUCGCGACCGCACCCGCAAUGGCCAGAUCAGCGACGAAGAUUUGUCAUCACCCGAUUGUUUCAAGAAACAAGAGUGCAAUAAAUUGAGCGCCGACUCUGCUUACAGCAGUUUGAAUCGAAAAUAUUCAAAUGGACGCAAUGAGACAACGGGAAGACUGGAUGAAGAUACAACUUUAGCACGUCGUCGUGAAAAUGGGGGUGAAAUAUUGUCUAAUUUAAAAUCUAAAAUGUCAAAAUUUUGUCAUGAGUGUGGGACUAAAUUUCCUGAAACUGCCAAAUUCUGCUGCGAAUGUGGAAUCCAGAGACUUGCUCUGUGACAAUGAUUUUAUUUUGAGUAAAAAUAUUGUCAGCUAAAUUACAAAUCGAAAUUUGUUUUUAUAACAAUAACGCACAUUUUAAUUAUUAUUUUUUUUAUUUGUUGUUAUACAUAUAUACAUUUAUCUUCCGUUGUUAUUAUAUAUUAUUUACCAUUCUGAAUACUUAUCAAUUUAUUAUUAUUUACAUUUAUAAAUUGUCUAAUUAAUUAUUAAUUUUAGUAUUAAUUUUUAAAGAAGCACUUUUGCAAUUUUUUUUAUAUUUUAACUCGGAUAAAACGAAAAAAUUUUCGACUGACCGACGAAUGUGUGAUUUUUUUACAAACCCUUUUAUAUAAAAUAAAAUUUAUUAUAAUUGUGUCACUUCCUUGUAGAUUUGAGUGAUAAAAGUAUUUUAAAAUUAGUGAUUGUCAUUAGUGAGCGAGUGUGAUAUAUUUGGAUAAAUAUAAAAAUAUAAUAUGUAGUGCGCUAGUCUCUCUUGUGUAUUUUUUACUAAAGAGAAUACAAAAUAGAAGCCAUAUUUAAAUUCUUUAUAGACUAAUGUAAAAUAAAUUUUAAAUUUUACUUUAAAA